AUGGCCCUGAGAGUCGAGAAAAAUAAUGUUGUCGAUGUCCACCACGAUGAGACGAAGGCGGAGCUUGGCCAGUCGACUUCUCCCAUUCCGCGCAGGCGAGUCGAGUACGAUUCAAUCACCGAAAAGAAGUUGAUUCGUAGAGUCGAUUUGAGACUGCUCCCGAUUCUGGGGGCGCUCUAUUCUAUCGCUUUGAUCGACAGAGUCAAUAUCUCUGCUGCUCGAGUUGCCGGUAUGGAUGUGGAUCUCGGUCUCAACAUUGGCAGUCGGUACACGAUUGCCUUGGUCGUCUUCUUCCCGCCAUACGUCUUUCUGGAGCUGCCAUCGAAUAUUGCUCUGAGGAAAGUGGGGAGCGCGAAUUGGCUCUCGUUUAUUGCGUUCUCAUGGGGAACCGUUAUGCUCGGGCAGGGCUUUGUGAAAUCUUAUGGUGCACUUGCUGCUUGUCGAGCUGUGUUGGGUGCAUUUGAAGCUGGCUUCUUCCCCGGAUGUGUCUACCUGAUCACGUGUUGGUACGUCCGAUAUGAAGUGCAAAGGAGACUUGCGGCCUUCUAUUUGAUCUCUGCGCUUGUGGGAGGAUUUUCGGCGAUUUUGGCGUACGGCCUGAUGCAAAUGGAAGGAUUGAGCGGAAUCAGAGGAUGGCAGUGGAUUUUUAUCAUCGAGGGUAUUCUGACUCAAGUCGUCGCUAUCCUGGCGUGGUUCAUCAUAGUCGACUUCCCGGAUAAGGCGGCUAAGAAGGGCUUCCUUAGCCAGACCGAUGCCGAUUUUGUCGAGCAGCGUAUUGAGGAUGACCGGCGUGACGCCAUUCCCGAUGCUUUGACGUGGGCGAAGUUCUUCUACCAUCUUAAGGACUGGAAGCUUUGGUGCUUCUCCUUGAUGUUCAUGUCGACCGCCAUGCCUGCCUACGCGCUCGCAUACUUCGGACCACUGAUCAUUCUCAGCAUGGGACACUCUCCGGCCAUCACCCAGCUUUUGUCUGCUCCUCCAGUUGUCUUUGCAGUUGCGAGCGCCCUCUCCGUCUCUUGGCUAUCCGACAAGUACAAGAAGCGGGCACCCGCAAUCGCUUUUCAAUGUUUUCUCGGCAUCACAGGCCUCAUGAUCACGGCUUACCACAAAAGCAACGGAGUGCGGUACUUUGGACUCUUCCUUGGCCAGGCAGGCUGCCAGGGCAAUGUCCCUUCCGUCCUGGCCUAUCAAUCCAACAAUAUCCGCAUGCAAUCCAAACGUGCGGUCGGCAGUGCCUUGCAGAUUGGAUUUGGUGCCAUUGGUGGCAUCAUCGCCUCCACUGUCUUCCGCCAAGCGGAUGCACCAAAAUAUGUCCCAGGGCUGUGGGUAACGACUGGGCUCCAAAUUUUCAUCCUGAUGCUUUUGUCCUUCACAACCGUAUACUUCUAUAUAAUGAACAAGAAGGUGGACGAUGGGACGAUUAAGCAUCCGAUUGAAGGAGACGCCGAGUUCAAGUAUACACUCUGA